AUGGAUACUUCUUUGCCUAAAACACCGUUACAUAUCAAAAAGCAAGGAACGUCUCUUUUGAAAAAACAUUAUAAUAAUGAUAAGCCGUUACUACGUUGCAUUAAAAUAACUCGACCUCUUAAAGAAGACGUAAUAUAUCGAUCGCAAAAGGGUGACUUCAUGAAAGGGAAAUACCCUAACCUGACAAUUGUGAAUAAAUUAGAUCUACUUAAUAAUAGCAGUCGUACAACCGCUCGGUACUCUAGUGAAACAUUGGGGAAUAUUGAACGAACAUCUGAUGAUAUUACGAAGUUAAUUGGUCAAAAGAAUUAUGACAUUGUAUUUUCUGCGUUAUGUUCAGUUAUUAGUCAGGAGCUUCGUAUACAAGGUAUCUUAGCUCUACUGACAGUGCCCAAAAGGACUAAGAAUAUUUCUUGUCAAUAUCAAACUGCUUUUGUCAAUCCUGAUAUUGAAGUGAUCUCUGAAAAAGUAAUUGAAAAUCAAAAAUCUGCAAAAGUUAUUGAUAGUAAAAAUUCUAAUGUCACAUCAGUAUCAACCCAAACAGACCAGACAUGCUCGGCCUUAUUACAGCGACUUAAAUUAAAAAAAAAGUUAAGAAAACCAGUCUUAGGACCCUAUGUUGUGAAAGAUUCAAAAUCUACAGGAAACAUUAAGAAAGUUGUUAUAAAUCCCCAACAAUUUGAGGCUACAAAAGAGUUAAUCAAACGUAGUGAAUUUUUUAAAACAGGAAAACAAUAUUACAAUAAAAAAAGGGCAUUUUUAAAUAAGAACAGUACUUCAAGUGAAAAUCAUCAUUCACAAUUGAAGGAGCCUUAUACACAAAUUGAAACUACUGUCAACCAAUUUGCAAGUAACACUCUAAAUGAAAAUAAUAUUAAAAUUGAAAGUGUUAUUUGUAGUAAUGAAACAACAUUUCCGGACUUAAAGGAAAUUGUGGACGAGGACAGUAAUAUAUCGGAAAUAAGUUAUGGUAAUAUUUCCAUAACUAGUUCUAGUAUACCAAAUUUACUAGUGGAAAAUCCUACAGCUUUACUAAAUGACAUAGAUAAACAUAUUCAGGAACCAAAAUUUUUGGAGUCCACAACUCUCACAAUGUUAGAUGGUAGUCAAGUUAAAAUAAAAAGCAAGCCGGAAGAUCAAUUUCAUAUUGCUACACCAGAAAUAUUAAAAUAUUUAAGCCCAGAAGAACGAAGCAAAUUGUUGUGGCAUCAGGCAUAUAUUGAUUGGAAAUAUUGCUUAAAUAGUGAUGAGGAUGGUAAUUUACCUAUUCAUUUGGCAGUAUUGAAUAAUGAUGUGGAAUUGUUGAGAAGACAGUGCGUAGUGUUGAAAAGCAGAAAUGAGUCUGUUGAUUUAAUGGGCAAUGGUAAAUUGACAGCCUUACAGAUGUCCAUAUUUCAAGAAACUUCAUCUUGCACCGAUGUUCUUCUGCAGCAUGGCGCUAAUCCAUUAUUCACUGACGAUGAGCAGAGAACAACAGUACACCUUGCCGCCGAAAUCUCUUCUGAUCAUUUAAAAGUGGUGAUCAGUUACUGUCAGAGGAACGCCCGGUAUAUUCUUCAUGACAAUAACUUGUGGAAACCGGAACUAGAAACAACAUCAGAUGAAGAGAUCGCAAAAUAUCUCUUGUCAAUAAUCUGCAGAAUGUAUGAUAAUCAAGGUUAUACCCCGUUAAUACUUGCCAGUAAGUUAGGCAACUAUACAAACGUAAGCAUUCUGUUGGAUGCGGAUCCUACUACCGUCAAUUUGCCUAUGCCUAACUGUGGCAACACUGCGUUAUACGUGCUGGUUGCCGCAGCUUGUCUAGAUAACGUUGCUGCUGGGAGAGACAAGUCCGAAGUAGGUGAACAUUUUCUAAAAACGGCAGAAAUUUUAGUAAAAUCUGGUGCGGACCCGGCUUAUGAAAAUAAUUCCUCAAGCAGUGUCAACCAUCUACUCAAUGAAUGUACUAUACCUAACCUCUCCGUGAUUAUUGCAAAUACAUUUGUCUCAGUAAAAUAUUCUGAACCAAACAUGAACUUUACGAAAGAUAUCAGCUCUUUUAUGCUGGUCAAAGACGACGACGGUGAAGUGAAUUUCAAGGAAAUGAAAUCAGAAAAAACACAAGCGAAACUCAACGACAGUGAGAAACCAUUGCCAAAAAUAAUAAAUGAUUGUAAUGUUGCAACUAAUUUAAAACCAAAAAGCAAAGUCGCCGGCACAAUUGAGAAAAUGAAUAUAAAAACGACAUCAGGCCUUUCGGAGAUUAUUUUUCCUAAUAAAGUUGUAAAACAAAAGGAAAUCUUACCAACUAAAGUAGAUUUAUUAACAACAAAACAAUCUCAAGAUCAAAUAAAGAUUGUAUCUGUUGUUAGUGGGAGCAGUUGGAGAAAUACAAAUUCUACAGACAAGCAGGCUCUUCAAAAUCCUAAAAGAAUUCCUAAUAUAAUUAGAGUAUCGAAGCGUGAUUUAAGUAAUAGUGGCUGUAUUACAAGCUCAAACUUUAAAUCUACCAUACUGCUAACAUCUGAUCAAACCAAAACAUCCAAAAGAAUGUCUAUUGAAUCUAGAGAACAUACAAGGGUUGUACCGAUUAAGAAACAAAAAAGAGACAAUGUAAAUUAA